AUGAUCGAUCGGAAAUUCAGCAUAUUUACGAGGAAGAAAAGCUCACCAAAUCAAGAUAAAAAUGGUGGCAUUAUGGGGAAUCACGCACUGAAAGAAGUUGAGUCUGGUGAAUGUUCGCCCAUGAACGAAGUGCAAUUCCGUCUGCCCAACGAUCGAAGGAUUUCGUCGCCAUCCGGAGAUUCCGGUAAGUGCUGACA